AUGGCAGAACCUAGCCUCAUCAUGCCUGCCUCAGCAGCACCAGCAGCCAACUCCCGCGGUCGCGGCGGCAAAUUUAAGAAGUAUACCCGUGGAGGCGGCAGACACUUUUCUCGCGAUCUCCAGCCCGCCGAUGCCGAAGGCAACAAGGUCAGCAUGUGGAGCCCGCAUGCCCAGCACAGCGAUGAAGACGAGGACGAGGACGAGGAGUCCUCUGACGACGACGCUGUCGGUCCCGUGCCCGCUGCCGAUGCCAGCCGCGAGGACCGCAAAGCCCAGAAAAAGGCCAAGAAGCAGGCCGCGAUAGCAAAGUCCCAGGGCCACACUGUCGAGGUCGGUGACAUGCCCUCGACUGACGAGGACGAGAGCGAAGGCGAGAUGCCCGCCAACCCCAACCACUCCAAGGCCGCCCGCAAGCAGACAGCCGCCCAGGACGACGUCGACGAAAUCACCGAAGGAGUCGCCAAGAUUAGCGCUCCCGGUAACCGCAAGGAGCGCGAGGCCGUCGAGGCUCAGGCCGCCAAGGAGCGCUACCUGAAGCUGCAGGCCGAGGGCAAGACGGACCAGGCCAAGGCUGACCUGGCCCGUCUCAAGCUCAUCCGCGAGCAGCGCGCGGCCGAGGCCGAGCGUCGACAGGCUGAGAAGGAGGAGAAGGAUGCACAGGACAAGGCCCGCAGGUCCGAAAUUGACGCACGAGAGAAGAAGCUGCGCGAGGCUGCCGCUGCUCCUAAGAAGAGCAAGAAGAAAUAA